CGACGAUGUGGGGCAGCCCAGCUCGUGCAGCCCUGGCCCAGCAAUGCUACGAGCCCUGCUCUGGCUCCCGGCCCUGUCCCAUGCUGCCGGCUGGGGCGUCGACCUCCCGCGGAACGCGAGCCAAGUGCUGCUGAACCUUGGCUGUAACCUGGCGCCUGUGCUGCCGGACGACGCCAACGACGACGCGGUGGUGCUGUGCUUCGAGCCGAUCCCGUCCGUGGUCAGACGCAUCCCCGCGCACCCGCGGCUGAGGACGAUCCCGGCGGCGGUCUCCUCCUUCGACGGCGUGGCGACGAUGCACACCUACGCCAAGAACGCGCAGUCCUCGAGCCUCGGCGCGCGUGCGAAGGAGAUGGACUGGAACGACGACCCCGCGCGCGGCGACGGCGACCAGUUCGUCGUGCCCGUGCUGUCGCUCCGGAGCAUCUACGCCAGCCUCGGGCCUGAUAUACAUGUCCCGUACAUCAAGACGGACAUGCAGGGCGCCGACUACGCCGCGAUCUCGUCGCUGCCCGUGGACGUUUUACGCAGGACGCCCUUCCUCCUGACGGAGGUGUGGCUCGAGAACGUGCAGUCCUACGUCGGGUUUCGGAACGACUUCUGCCGGGACUGGCUGCCCUUCAUGACGGCCGCGGGCUACUCGCUCCAAUUCAUGCGUUUGAUAUAUAGAGAGCACGACAACGAUUUAGAUCAAACGCAGCGGGACGCCUGGUCGGCGCCCUGGGCAGCGGACCCGCACGCGAGGUGCGCGGAGGACCUGGCCCUCUAUCCGACGCCGACGACGGGCUGCCACGAGGCCGACGCGCACUGGAUCCGCAACGACACGUUAGCGGACAUCGCCGCGUUCCGCGGGCCGAAGCGGCCGCCCGUGAAGGAGUGGACGGACUGGCCCAUGUCCUGGCAUAAUAGUUAGUUAG